UCAAUUUUAAUGCAAUUUAAAGAGAAAACAAUAAAGACUGACUGAUUAUAAUAACGUUUUCUUUAUUUUUCCCUCAAAAUAUGAGCCUUGUAAGGAAGUUUAGGUUUCGGUUUCGGUUUCGGCCGAAAUAGACACCGUUGCCGAAAUUCGUUUUCGGUUUCGGUUUCGGUCGUAAAACUAGUUUCGGUCGGACACUAGAUGUUGAAGUACAAUAUUAAACCAAUGAUCACACUUUUCCAUUGGGAUUUACCGCAAAAACUGCAAGAAAUGGGUGGAUGGACCAACCCCGCCGUUAUUGAAUGGUUCACUGACUACGCACGCGUGGCAUUUGAGCAGUUUGGAGACAGAGUAGACAUGUGGAUCACCUUCAAUGAACCCCGAGAGGUUUGUUACUUAGGAUAUGGUAGUGCUGGACUAGCACCUCUGCUAACGAUAAGUGGCGUAGCAGAUUAUAUGUGCGCCAGACAUUUGCUGUUAGCCCAUGCCAAAACAUAUCACAUGUACGACAAGGAAUUCAGAGGCGAAAAAGGAGAGCUUGGUAUUACACUGAGUGCAAAAUGGAUCGAACCUGAAACUGAAGCUGAUGCUGCAGCUGCUGAAGAGACGAUGCAAUUUGAGUAUUUCCAAUACGCUCACCCAAUAUUCUCCAAGACUGGAGACUGGCCUCCCAUCAUGAAAGAAAGGGUUGCAGCUAAGAGUGUUGCACAAGGCUUUAAGAGAUCAAGACUGCCAGAGUUCUCCCCUGAAGAAGUAGAAUUAAUGAAAGGAACUGCUGAUUUCUUCGGAUUGAACACUUACACCACCGAAAUAGCCUAUAGAAACGCGUCGGUAACGGAUUAUCAUCCUGUUCCGUCCAUCCAUGAUGAUAUAGAAGUCAUUUUAUACCAACCUAUCGAAUGGGUUGGCUCAGCGUCGUCAUGGUUGAAGAACGUUCCCUGGGGAUUCUACAAAUUGCUCACAAAAAUUCGUGAGGACUACGAUAACCCUCUAGUCUACAUUACUGAAAAUGGAAUGUCAACCCGCGGUGGACUGGAAGAUGAUGACCGCAUCAGCUACAUCAGGUCAUAUAUGGAUGUCAUGCUGGACGCCAUAGAAGAAGGCUCCGACAUCGGAAUGUAUUCUCUGUGGAGUCUUAUGGACAACUUUGAGUGGAUGAGGGGAUACACCGAGCGUUUCGGUAUCUACGAAGUAGACUACGAGAGCCCGGAGCGAACGCGCACGCCGCGCAAGUCCGCCUUCGUGUACAAGGAGAUCGUGCGCACGCGCGCCCUCGACUUCAACUACGAGCCCGACACCACCAUCAUGACCAUCGAUGAAGGACACUGGACCGUGAUACUAGUCUUAUAUUCAUGUAUAUUACUUUGUGAAAGUAAAACUGUAAAUGAAGUCAGACAUCAUGGGAGAAAGUUCCCCGAUGGCUUCCUGUUUGGAGCAGCCACCGCCUCCUACCAAAUUGAAGGCGCUUGGGACGCAGAUGGAAAGACCGAAAAUAUUUGGGAUCAUAUGACUCAUAACGACCCCUGCUCAACUGAUGAUUGUCUAAACGGAGAUAUCGCCGAUAACUCGUACAACCUCUACAAGAGAGACGUAGAGAUGGCAAGAGAACUUGGACUCGACUUCUACAGAUUUUCUAUCUCUUGGGCGAGAAUUCUUCCAACCAGUUUCCCAGAUAAAAUAAAUGAAGCUGGAGUACAAUAUUACAACAAUUUGAUUGACGAAUUGCUGAAGUACAACAUCGAACCUGUGGUAACAAUUUAUCACUGGGAUUUACCCCAGAAACUGCAAGAAAUGGGUGGCUGGACUAAUUCCUUCAUUGGGGACUGGUUUGCUGACUACUCCCGAGUAUUAUUUGAGAAAUUUGGAGAUAGAGUUAAAUAUUGGAUCACUAUUAAUGAGCCCCGCGAGAUUUGCUAUCAAGGAUACGGAACAAACACAAAAGCUCCACGAUUGAACAUAACCGGCAUGGCCGAAUAUAUGUGUGCCAAGAACCUGUUAGUUGCUCAUGCCAAAGCAUAUCACAUUUACGACCAAGAGUUUAGAGCAACACAGGGAGGUACUAUUGGUAUCACUCUCAGUGCACAAUGGUAUGAACCUGAAAAUGAAAAUCAUGCCGAAGCUGCAGAGACACUCCUACAGUUUGAGUGGGGAGAGUACGCUCAUCCAAUAUUCUCCAAAACCGGAGACUUCCCUUCAGUAAUGAAAGAGAAGGUAGCGGCAAAGAGUGCAGCGCAAGGUUUCCCAAGAUCAAGACUGCCCGAAUUCACUGCUGAAGAAGUAAAGAUGGUUCGUGGAUCGUCAGAUUUCUUCGGACUAAAUCAUUACACAACGUACUUGGUAUACUCAAACGAAUCGUUGGAAUAUGACGCACCAUCAUACUACGAUGACAUUGAAGCUAAAUCGUAUCAUCCUAGCCAUUGGAGCGGAGGAGCAUCGGUUUGGUUGAAGAAUAUUCCCUGGGGAUUCUAUAAACUGCUGAUGAAGAUUAGGGAGGACUAUGACAACCCUCCAGUUUACAUCACUGAAAACGGCUUUUCAACUCGAGGGGGCCUUGAUGAUGAUGAUCGUAUUAUUUACUAUAGAGGUUACCUGAAUGAAAUGCUGAACGCUAUUGAAGAAGGAUCUGACAUUAGAAUGUACACUGCCUGGAGUCUCAUGGAUAACUUUGAAUGGAUGCGUGGAUACACCGAACGUUUCGGACUCUACGAAGUGGACUACGAGUGCCCAGAACGCACGCGCACGCCGCGCAAGUCCGCCUUCGUGUACAAGGAGAUCGUGCGCACGCGCACCCUCGACUUCAACUACGAGCCCGACACCACCGUCAUGACCAUCGAUGAAGGACACUGAUUAAUACAAAAAGACUUGUAAAUACAACUUAAUAUUAGUUAAAUUUUCUGAUUAGGAAAUAAAAACAAUGCUCACUUUUAA